AUGGCGCGACGGUACGAGAUCGAUGAGCUCUUAUGGCUCCGCGGCUCGCCCCUUAUCGCAAAGCCAUCUGGCCUACCUCCGAUUGAAGAAUGGAUGCCCCUACCUGACCCAACAACCACGCAACGCAAGCAAACCUCCCGUGAUCCCAACAAUCCGAAUGAGCACGGCUCAGCGAGACGAUCAAGUAUACUCGAAGCAAAGCAUAUUAGCCGAGGAUCCAAUUCUGAGGACAUUGUGCUCGGACCUCCGAAGGUGGCUUUUGCCUCAUCUCGCAUUGGUGGUAAAGGAUCGCUCGACUUGACCGACCGACCAGUGCGCACUACCGAUUCAGAGGAUAUUAAGAACGACCGAUUCAACUUCCGAGAUAAAUUCUUCAAGGACCGAGAUGGGAUCGAUAAAGACAUGGAGCGCCGCGAUGGCAAAGGAGCGCCACUCAAUGGUCGGCGUGGUGAGAAAGAAGACUGGAAUGCCGGGCGCCCGCGUCGCACAUUCGGCCCCGAGGACCAGGAACGCAAACCUAGACGAAAUGGUGAAUUCGAUCGAUGGGAGAGCAAAGAAGGGACCCGCGAUCCUACCGCCGAACGAGGAGCUCUAUCCAAAGAAGGCCGGUUCCCUACCCGGAAGGAGGGACAGCCCCCAAGAUCCAAAUACGAAGGAAGCUGGUUCCGCGAUGAGCACACCCAGGACGGCAUUGAAGCUGACGAGGAUAAGCCGCCUCUGCGCAACCGUGAAUGGCGCCAGAACCAAACCCGCCACGGCACUGAACGUGAGUGGAACAGGGGUGCCAAAUUUGAGCAAGAACCCGAAUGGUUGGAUGGCAACGAGCGAGACGAGCCGCGACGCGCACAUACCCAGGAAGAUUUUGAACGCUGGAAAGAGCGCAUGAAGGCUGGAUCAGGGGCUGCACAGAAUUCAGCAGGCGCCGAAGAGAAGAGAGAAGCACCCGUAGAAGCACAAAAGCCUGAGACCCGACGGACCGACGGAGAAAUCUUCAGCAAUUCCGGAGCCCAGUUCAUGGCGGACAACUCCAUGGAAAGAUUCUUUGGUCUGCUCGGCGACUCAAAACCUCAGCCCCAGAUGCCAGAGGCUGUCACUCCGAACCCCGUUGAAUCCAUCCCGAAGCAAGAUCCUUUUCCCUUACCCGGGAAGCCAGGCAAAUCUUCCCGCUUCGCAGGCUUGUUCAGCCCUAUGCCCGAGAGCCCUGCUCGGGAGCCUGAGCCUCUUCCUUAUUUCAAUGCUCAGCCGCCUCCGCAACCCCAUUCUCAGCAUCAACAGCCUCAAGUCCAGCAUUCCCAACCCCAAGCCCCGCCUUUACCGGAGGGUCUUCCUUUCACCACUCACAAUGCCGACCAAGAAGGCUUCCAGCGCAUUCUGCAGAUGCUUGGUGGGCAACGGUCCCAGAAUGGCACCCCGAACGAGGGAGGUCUGCCCCAGAAACAACGUCCCCACAUGAUGCAUGCAGAGCAGCAGGGUGCUGGCUUAUCAUCUCCCCCAAGAGAGUCUCCCCACCGGCCUAAUUAUAUGGGACUCGGCCCCGAGAGCCCAAUGACUCAGCACGCCGGCAAGGAUCAGUCACUAGAGAGAGCACACCUUCUUCGUUUGAUGCAACAGGUCCGAGUCGGACCAUCGCCUGCCGGUAACCCCCAAUCCCCCGGCGGUGGAAUUGCGCCUCCUCCUGGUUUAAUGCCAGAAGGCAUGCCCCGUCCGCCUCCAGGGCUUUCAGGCCAGAAAGCACCACCUUUCCUGGACGACCCAGCAAUCGCAAAUAUGCAGCGACCAGACAGCCAUCAACUCCGCCGUGGACCUGGAAACGGACCACCUAUGGGAUACUUUGAUGAGGCUCCUUUCCCCCAGGGCAAUCAAGGGCCCAUGACUCCAGGGGGUCCCAUGACGCCCGGAGGCUCUCGGCCACAGGGCUCGAACCAACCUCCUAUGCCCCUUCAACGACCUCCAGGUCUCGAGCAUCUCCCACCCCCUGGAUGGACUGGCCAACCUGUCGCUCAACAGGGUAACACUCAGAGCCCAAUGGGCCCCCCUCCCGGAAUUCCAACCCCCGGCCGUGGCAUGAACCCCAACUUCCCACCCGGCAUGCUCCCCAUGCCAGGCAAUCCGCCUCCCAUUAACGAGCGCCAAGCGUUCCCUCGCGGCCCACCUCCCGGCAUGAUGCCUCCGCCGGGGUAUAUGAAUGGCCCUCCACCAGGUUUUCCACCUAUGCCUCCUAACCCCGAGGCCAUGAUGGGCCUUGGUCCCGGUGCUCAGGGUCCCUUCGGCCCAGGUAACCCCGGUCCCGGGGGCCCACCCCCUUCAUCCAGACAUCUCCUUGAAAUGUUUGGUCAGUCCAACGGCGAUCCCCGCGGGGGAAUGGUUGGUCCUGGCCAAUUCAGAUAA